GCCGCCACAGCGCCGGUCCCGUCCGGAGCGGCCUCUCCAAGAUGAGCAGCGCGGCGCCCCCCGGCCUGCAGGGCAGGGUCCGGAAAACGCUGCGGAAGGUUUUUGGCUUCGAGUCCUUCAAGACUUCCCUGCAGGAGAGUGCGACCAUGACUGUGGUGAGAGGCGAGAAGGAUGUCUUUGUGUGCAUGCCCACAGGGGCAGGGAAGUCCUUGUGCUACCAGCUUCCUGCAGUGCUGGCAGUGGGCAUCACCAUUGUCAUUUCACCUCUGAUUGCCCUGAUUCAGGAUCAAGUGGAUCACUUGCUGGCUCUGAAGAUCAAAGCCUGCUCUCUGAACUCCAAGCUUUCUGCCCAGGAAAAGAAGACCAUCCUGGCUGACUUAGCAAGUGAGAAGCCUAAAGUAAAACUCCUGUACAUCACCCCAGAGAUGGCAGCUGCCUCUUCCUUCCAACCCACGCUCAACUCCCUGGUGUCCCGAAACCUCCUGUCCUACCUGGUCAUCGAUGAGGCUCAUUGUGUCUCCCAGUGGGGACACGAUUUCCGCCCCGACUACCUGCGGCUGGGCAGCCUGCGCGCCCGCGUCCCCGGCACGCCCUGUGUUGCCCUGACUGCCACUGCCACCAAGCAGGUCCAGGAGGACAUUGUGGCAGCACUGAAGCUAAAGCAGCCCCUCUCCACAUUUAAGACUCCGUGCUUCAGAUCGAACUUGUUCUAUGAUGUGCAGUUCAAGGAGCUCCUGACUGACCCGUAUGCCAACUUGAAGGACUUCUGUCUGAAGGCGCUUCAAGUCAAGGACACCAGCGGGGUGUACUCUGGUUGUGGCAUCGUGUACUGCAGGACGAGGGACGUGUGUGACCAGCUGGCCAUUGAGCUGAGCUACCGAGGAGUGAAAGCCAAGGCCUAUCAUGCAGGACUCAAGGCAGCUGAGAGGACUUCAGUCCAGAAUGAAUGGAUGGAGGAGAAGAUCCCUGUUAUUGUUGCAACCAUCAGUUUUGGAAUGGGAGUAGACAAAGCAAACGUCAGAUUUGUUGCUCACUGGAACAUUGCUAAGUCAAUGGCUGGAUAUUACCAAGAAUCUGGGAGAGCUGGGAGGGAUGGGAAGCCAUCCUGCUGCCGCCUCUAUUACUCAAGGAAUGACCGGGAUCAAGUCAGCUUCCUGAUCAAGAAGGAACUCUCCAACAUCCAAGAAAAAAAAGGCACCUUAAAAGAGUCUGACAAGGCUGUGAUGACUGCUUUUGAUGCCAUUGUGAACUUCUGUGAGGAGCUGGGAUGCCGCCAUGCUGCCAUAGCCAAGUACUUUGGUGAUGUCACCCCCCCUUGCAACAAGUGCUGUGAUUACUGCAGGAACCCGGGGGCAGUGAAGAGGCAGCUGGAGUCACUGGAGCACUGCAGCAACAGCUGGAGCAAAACCUGCAUCGGGCCCACGGGUUCCUCCUGGGAUAGCUAUGACCCAGAGCUGUAUGAAGGAGGGAGGAGAGGCUGCAGAGGUUUUAGCAGGUAUGAUGAAGAAAGCAGUGGGAAUUGGGAUGAAGAUAAUGAAGAGAGUCGGAAACGGGAGUGGAACAACUUCUACAAAAAGCAGAUGAGUCUGCGCAAGGGCAAAGAACCAGAAAAGGAAGAUUUUGUUCCUCCAAGUGCAGACUGCCCCUUGAAGGACGCCUCCAGCAGGAGAAUCUCUAAGCUCACAGUGAAGGGACGGGAACACUGCUUGAAGAUGCUGGAAGAAGCCUUGAGCACCAAUCAAAAGGUUCCAGCAGAAGGAGGAAAAGGGUCAGACCCUCAUGCCUGUGCUGUGGAGCUGGAGUAUGAAGCUUUCCGAACCAGUAAAAUGGCAAACUCAUACAAGGCAACAGUGCUAAAGAAGCUAGCAGAAAUAAACAAAGCCUCAAAACAAGGAGAGCUGUUCUCAGUCUUUGGGUCCGGAACUGGUGGCAGCAGCAGCUUGGAAACAAAAUCUGGGUCUCCAGCAGAAGAGGACUUUCUCCCUGCAUCCCAGGUUUACUCAUUCAAACCCAAGCGUGUGGGAGCAGGGUUUCCAAAGAAAUCCAGUGUGUUCCAGACAGCUUCAGAACUGCUGAAGAUCCAGGAGGAGAGUGAUACAAAGCCUGUCAAAAAAGAAGCAGAUUGUCUAAAUGGGCAAGACAACAGCACCUCUAGUCUGGAACUGGACACCAGAAACUCUGUUCUCCAGAAAAAAGAAGUGGCAACCAAAGCAAUGUGUGAAAGUGCUGGGGUAGAAGUAUUCCUUCCUGAAAAGAAGGAACAGAGACCCAGUCCAGACACAAAAGCUGCCCUUUGGGAGAGUCCUACUAAGAAGUCCAAACCUAGCAAGAAGCAGCAAAUGCUUGCAGAAGCAGCUAAAAAAGAAUCACAGGAUAUUUCCAAAUUUUUCUCUGUCUCCAAAGGUGGGUCUAAAGCCAAAAGUUGCAUCUCAGCAAAGGGAGGUGGCUGUUCUGCAAGCACAGUACCUCAGGUUUCUUCUCAAAGCAUAUGUCAAGAGAAAGGAGCACCUCAGGAAAACAACAUCUUCUCUAGAGAAGAUGUGACUGGACAGUCCCAGGCAGCGAAUGGUGAACUGGAAGAGACAGAAGUGACCCUGACUGAGAGAAGAGAGGAUUUUCAGACCCAGCAGACUGCUGAAUCUGAACUCCUUCAGGAAGAAAUUGAUGUAAAAUCCAGUGUUGCUGAAAAUGUUGCAAAAACUGAUGUUGUUGGGGAAAGUGAAUGUGGGAAGCGACCAGGAUCAGAUGAGGAUCUGGAAAGCCCUGCAGCAAAGCGGCUACGGACAGUGGCAAAAUCUUCAAGUCAGUCCCAGUCAGAAAGCAAAACAAAGAAGAAGGUGACUUUUGAUCCAAACUUAUCAGAGUGUGAUAAAGAAGGAACAAGCAAGUCCAUACAGCCAGUGACCAAAAGCACAUCCCUCAAGGACACAGCAGACAUUGUUGUCAAAUGUUUGACUCCAUUCUACAAGGGUGGCAAAUUUGCUUCCAAGGAUCUGUUUAAGGGCUUUGCUCGGCACCUGUCUCACCUACUGACUGAAGAGCAGAACCCUGCCCGCAAGACUGUGAAGGAGGAAGCACAGAGACUCAUCAAAGAGUUUUUUAAAACAAGGGUCAGGUGUGAGAGUGAGACAGACUGGCAGGAGCUGCAGAGCUCAGAGAGCUGAUUCUUGCAUCAUGUUGCCCAUCUUCCUUCCUCCAGCAGUGGGACCAGGGGAUCUUCAAGAACUCAGCCAUGAAACUGCAGAAGUGAGCUAGAUUUCUUUUCCCACUGCAUUUUUGCUCACUACUGUCCUUAGUGACAUGCACUUCAAGGAAACUAGUUUUUGUGAACUUCUGGAGAGUUUUUCCAAUAACCAGGGCACUGAAGCCCUAUAGUACCUCUUGUCAAGAGGUCUGAAGUCUGUAUCUGCUGUGUAGGUUAGCUGCCCCAGAUGUUGUGCAGUGUCUAACAUCUACUCCCUGCAGCAGUCUAGGAAGGACUCAAAGAGUUUCCAGCCAGGACUCUGGGAUGGCAUUUUGCAUCCUAAAUGGCUCUUCCCCUCACUUCCCUUCUCUCUCAGUUCUUGUUUCAGUGGUACCAAUAGAAGCCUUACCUACAAGUUCACAGGCUUUGCUCAGGGCCUCCAAUGGCAAAUUUCAUGGUUGAGUUCCUGAGUGGAAUGUUUUCCCUUGAAGGACAGGAGGGGAGUAUUUUUUUCUUUUUACCAUGCAGGCAAUGCCUUCUUUCUGAAGGUGGAGAAACCUGGAUUAUUUUUGUUUUAAUCUGAAGGUUUGUUUGUUCUUUGUUUUUUUUAAAGCUUUUCUAGUUCUGCCUGUCCUUUAACUUAAGCAGUGAUGCUCUUUCAGUAUUAACCUCUCCAAUAGUGGCACCAAGGUUGCCAGUGCUUGUCCAGCAGUUGCUUGUAACCCCUAAAGCCAUAUUUGCUCCCUGUGCCUCACCUACAGUCUGCAAUACCGAGGGCAAUGCUGCUUUUACAACUGGUUAAGGUACUGCUGGGGCCCUCACAUUGGCACUGUGGUGCCUCUGCUGCUAUAUUUAUAGAAGGACCUGAAUCUUAGGGUAUCAGUGGGCUUAGAAUAACCUGAUUCCCCAGCACAAGUCCUUUUGUUGGGUUCUGCUUUUGUUCCAUGCCUGUAGAGGCUGGUGGCCACAGGCACUAGUGCUGCCAGAGGAAUCUGCAGCCUGAGAGGCCAUCAGUCAGGCUUUUGGAUCACUGUACUCAGCAGAUAUAUUUUUUUAGAAUGUUCUGAGGGGUAUGUAUGGAACUGACAAUAAAACAAUGUUAUAGCUGCUCCAGA